CGUGUAUUUUCUAAGAAAAAACUUUUCAUGAUGAUAUCCUGGAAAAAGCAUAUAAAUAUUGCUGCCAUACUUAUGUAUUAUCUAUAAGAAUAAUGUGUUAAUGUAUGAAGAAAGGGAUUAUAAGUGAAUGUACAAAUUAACAGGUUUCUACAGUUGUUAAAAUGUCUAAGAAUUCGAGAAAACCACGACAGUUGUCUGAACAAGAGGUUUAUCGAGAUGCUGCCAAAAUCCUAGAUGAAGUAUUGGCUGAUCGAUUAGGGAGAAAAAUAAAAAGCAAUGGCAGCUCAAAAUCAAAUGUCGAUUCUAGUAGUGGGUAUUAUGAUGCAUCAAAGGAAAGCUUAGACAUUUGGUUCAAAGAUGACAACUCAAACACUUUCAACAUUGAACGAUCUCAGACUAUGCCAUCUAGUUUUAAACUGGAAGAAAAAGAUGAAUUUAUAGAACAAGACAUAAUAGAUUAUAUGAAAACAAAAAGUGAUUUUGCCAACAGACGACAUUCGGGGUCAGCAACUUCAGGUGAGUCUGAUGUUUUAGAUAAUCGAAUUGGUUCACCUUUAAGGAGGAAAAAAAGUUUUAUGAAACGAGCCAAAGAACGUUUGUCCAUUUCAUUCCGUCGUCAAGAUAGAGAUCCUGAGAUCGAAGAUAUCUUGGAAGAACCAGAGAAAAAACAGCGAAGAAAAAAGAAAAAGAAUAAAAACAAAGGAAAGGAGAACCAGGAUAUAAAUGAUAAUAAAAAAGUAUCUAAAAAUGAUGUUCAAGAUGAUGAGGACCUUAGUGGUGUUGAGUUACGACACAGGAAUCGAAACCGAAGUGACAGCACUGCUUCUAAAAGAAGUUCAAUAUUUGAUUCCAUCAGAAAAUCAUUCCGAAUUAAACGCAGACCGUCGACUACUAUCAUCGAAUCCAGGUCUGCUGAUGCAGUACUUGAUGGUGGAGAUCGCAACAAGGAUCGUAAUACCAGACAGAGAGCAUCUAUAAAUGUGCCUGAUCGUCUACCUACUAUUCCAGCCAUACCUAAUCAUGCCAUUAUUGAUCUAGAUGAUAUUAAAUAUAUUGAUGAUGAAGCUGAUAAGGCAAAGAAACCAACCGUUGACAAUGGUAGUUCUGGUAUCAAAAAAGAAAGAGAAGAACCAGAAUUGCCAAAACCAAAGGGUAACCGAGGUAAACCUGCCCCUCCUCCACCCAAGGCACCUCCAUUACACCAUGAUACCAAACCAUUGGGUGAUAAUACACCUGCAAAACCCACACCACCCAAAUCUCCAACCUUAAACCAUGGAACAGAACCAUUAGGUGAUGGACAUACUGGUACACCUGUUCUUCCUGAUCCAAAUGAAAUUGAUGGAGAUGAUACUGAAGAUGAAGUUGACAGCCCGACUAAACAGACUGUUGAGACGCCUUUUGAAAUGAAAUCAGAAGAAGAAAAGGAUGAUAUGUUUGAAAAAAUAGCCAGAAGAUUGGUAGAUAUGGCAGAUGAGAGAGAUAAAAAUACACGAAGUUCUGGUACUGAAUCAAGUUAUAGUGGGUCAGUUCAAGUGAUUCAUACUCGUGAUCAUUCCUCUAGUGUAGACCCUGAUAAGUUAACAAGUUUAGAACAAGAUAUAUUAGAUUGUUUAAGAGUUGGUGGUGAUAGAUUAUCAGAGUCUUUUGAUGAUCCAGUACAGAAGGUUAUAGAAGCGCACAGGAAUCAGGCGUACACACGUUUUAAAGAUACAUUACGUAAAGGUUUAGGAGAUGAGAUAAGCUGGCAUCAAUUAUCAAUGAUAUAUCAUACUGCAACCGGUGCUAUCAAAGCUGCUGGUGCUACAACACAACUUGCCUUUAGAGUUAAAGAUAUGACACAACAAUAUGUUGGAGAUAAAUUUGCUUCUUGGAUUGUAACUGAAGGUGGUUGGGAUAGCAUGUUGAGUGAAUCUGAAACUGAACCACCAUCUAAUUAAUGUAACAUUCCACAUAAACUUUUGUAAAUAAUAAACAUAGUCCUGACAAUAUAGCUGGAAAUUUGAAGAAAACAGAACGCCUUAUUGAAUUUAUUAAUGGUGAUUUUAGAUUAGCUGAUCUCAUUUUAUAUGUUCAAGAAGAAAUAUCUUUUACAUUCUUGCUUAAAUUUGAUAUUUUUAAUCUAAGAUUUGAGAUAGUGCUUUACUGUUGUAUUUUAAAUUGUUUACAAGGGUAAUAACAAUCCUUGUUACAGAUGUAUGUUUUAUUGGUAAUGAUGAAAUGGGAUCUUAAUGAAAUUUGAUCUUAAUGAAAUUACACCAUAAUAAUAAACCAUAACCUAAAUAUUGAACAUUCCAAAAAAAAGCAGUAAUUGCCCUUCAUAUUUUGAUAUACAUGGAGAUGUCAUAUUGACAGUGUUUGGUUAUCUCAGAAGCUGAUGUACUCAGCAAGGGAGAUAAUUUGGUUUGAAGUCAUAAAUCUCAACGAGGGUAUAUUAUUUUCAUCAAAAAUUAAUUUAGUCCCAUGCAUAUCAUAUUAAGAUGAAGAAACUAAUGAUUUCGUUUUAUGAAUAAGCAUAAAGUCAUUGCAAUGUUUCAGUAUUAUCGGCAUGAAAAACCUUGUUAACAUUUAAAAAGCUCUUGUUUAAACUUCAAAUUGACAAAACCUAUUACGUUAUUUAUUAUGUAAAUUAUUAUUUAUCAUAUCGUGUAAACACAAAAUGUUAUCAACUUGAUCAAAAUUGUAUCUUGCCAUAAUUUUAUCAUUUUGUGAAAAUAUUUGACAGCAUAUCAAGAUUUUAUUAUGAUUUACAUUUAAUUGAUUCAUGUGAGCUAAGAAUAUAAAAGAACUUGAUCAAACUCAAAUGCUCUAUUUAUAUACAUUUUAUAUUAAUACUCAAACUUAGAAAAAAUAAAUUUAAUCUCUUGAUAGGACUGUGUUCUCUUUACCACUUAUUUCUAUAAUAUUUGUAAAAUUACAUUAAAACUGUAAAUCAUCUGUGAACAUGGAAGAUUAGUUAAAGCUUGGGAUCAGGGUAAAGUGCCAUAUUUAUGCGGUAGUGACAGUGUGAAUUUGUAUUGCAUUUAUUAUGUGUAAUAAAAGAACAUGUCCAUGUGAAAUAAUCCUUAUUGAAGCAUGCACUUUAUUAGUAUCAGUACUGGUGUAUUAUAUAAUCCUAAAGCCUUAUUAAAACCACCAUCUUUAUUUACUAGCGACUAUAUAAAGAUGAAUAUUGGUUGAUGUGCAUCAUCACCUAACAAUGCUUUUCGUACAUAAUUUAGUGUCAUGUGUUAGGGGUGAAGUUUACCCAGUAUAAUCGACUAGUCAAUGUAUUUCAUAAACCACUUUUAAAUCAACUUAAAAUCUGGAUCCUUAUAGUCAAAUAUAAGGAUAGUAACUGCAGAUAGAAUAAAUCAUAUAUCUUAUCUGUAAGAUUUAUGUUGUGUUAGUAAUGUUAAUUUAUAGUUGAUCAAAGGAAAUUUUUUUUAGUAUUUUGUAUGAUAGGAAAAAAAUAUAUUGUGUAUGGAAGUAGAAUAGUCGAUAAAGCAUUAAAAAUAUGUGCAAUGUUUGAAAUUAGGAAAACUUUAGAAAUUCUUUAACAAAUAUUUAAUUCUAAAAUGUUCUGUCUUCUCUCUGAUUUACUUUCCGUCCAAUUUGACUUCGCUUUUCUUAUACAUUACUAGUCUAACUUCAGCAUUAGACACUUUCUUGGCAACUUCAGAUAAAGCAUAAUCCAUUUACACCACCUGCAAAAUAGAUAAAUCAUGAUUUAUGUGUAGAAUUAUCACAAUUUAAUUACCUUGGACUAUGAUUUUAUUACUUAUCUAAUAUCAAAUUUCUACUAUAAACAGUUGAACUCUUGUCACAAUAAAUAUAUAUUAUAUUGUUGAUUUUUAGAUAUAGAUAUAUUUCAUAGUCACAUCUCUAUACCUUUAUUUUUCUAUGUGUAAUAUUUUAUGAUAUAUUAUAAUUCUAUUACCUUAAUAUUUUUUCAGUUGUCAUAGUUUAUUUUCUAUAUGUGCCAUCAUUUUUUAAUUGUGAUAUUGUUAUUCUUUGUUAAUUAAUGUAAUAAAAAACUUGAAUUUUAGUUUCUUAAUGCACAAUAUAAAUUCUGGGGAUCUGUACAUAAACCACACAAUGGUCAAAAAUGAGCUACUUGUAAAUUCUGACAUAUAUAAUAUAAAAUAUUCAAACAUUUUUAUAAUUCAACAUUCACAAUAUCACAUACAUGUAGUUAUAAUAUUUUUGAGUCAUUUUCUUAUUUUGAAGUUUUUUGUAGACUACAGGUUUUUGUGCAGAUCCACAAAAUUGUGGUGUACGGUACCUACACCUAUUACUGUGUUAUAUCUAUAUUAUAAAAAUCAUAAUAAGUAGAUAAUACAAAAUUUGGUUGGGUGUUAGUCAAUCAUGGAUUUUUUAAAAACUACUACCGGUACAUGUAUUCAAAUCAUGCAUUUGUGUGUUCAAGACAUGUUGCUUCUAAUUUACACAAAAUGUUGUUCAUAUCCAUAGUAUAUUUCUACUUGUAAAUAUUUUAAUGAAUAUUAUUAAAUAUAUUAAGGUAUUACUGGGGUUGGAAUAAAUGGCACAAUGUGGCAUUAAUAACUAUAAAUAAUCUUAAUAAUUACAAGGCUGUGCUUUUAUCUUUUCUUUAUCUAUGUUACUAGAAAAAAACAACUAUUUAUAUAUUUCUUGUUAUGUGCUUGUGUGUUAAAAUAGAAUACAUGUAUAACAGCUUUUUACAUUGUACCCCAUUUGUGGGAUGUUGUUUUGUGUAGGUUGUAUUUGUUCAUGUGAUCUGUGAAAAACAUAUUCUCUUUCUGUUUGACAUUCAUGCAAAUUAGAAAUGAAAGAUUAUCAGCUAAAUGAUUUCAUAAUGUCUAAAUACAAAUGUCUUCUAUGAUCAUUUUGAUCCAAGCAAUUAAGGAAAUAAUUAUUUUAUAAAUUCUAAAAUCGCAUGAUCUCUUCUUUAACCCCUUAUAUACCCAAAUCCCAGCUACUCUCUAAGUGUAUUUUUAUGCUCAUCCAAGUGAUAGGCAUUUUUUUUUUUAUGAAUAUCUACUUGCUGUUUAUGGUUUGACAGGAAAUUUCCAUUGACCUUGAGAAAGUCAAUGGUUUUGUUUUUAUUUAAUGGUCACCUUUACUCCUUGUAUGCCAUUACUACCAUAUAAAUGCUACUUGUGAUGUUUCAUAUGGAGUAGCUUAAACUUAUGAAUCUUUAAAUAUAUUUUCUGAAGUUAUCAUCAUUCUAGUAAAGAUCUGCAGUAAUUUGACUUAUUUUCAUUUUUAGUGUGAUGCCUUAAGGGUUAAAUCAUUUGGAUAAUUAUUAAUUUUUCACUCAUAGUUGUAUUCUAUCUGGAAUGUUAACUGAUAUAAUAUAUUGUCAGUCAUAAAUUCGUAAUACUCCAUUAUUCUAUAAUACAAUAGAUCGUGAUAAAUCCAUCUAUUAUAUAACUAUAUUUAUGUAGAAUGUAUAGUAGUUGCAAUUAGUAGAUAUAUUAUGGGGGUCAGUUUAUUAGAGUAAUAUUAUAUUUAGAAAUGUUAUGAGUAAUAAAUGUUGCUACACAUCUGCAAAACAAA